AUGCCCAUCGAUUGGAAGUCGCAAGACAGCUAUCAGCGGCUACUCGCCGCGCUGGUCGCGGCCAACGACAACAGCAUAGACUACAAGAAGGUCGCCUACUACUUCGGCCAGGGCGCGACAUACGACUCGAUCGAAGGCCGUUUCCGCAUCGCGAAGCGUAUGGCCAACGAACUCAAGCGCGAGGCCGAGGAGGAAGGCCGCCAGAUGCCGACCAGCCGGGUACGCAGCACCAACAGCACGCCGCGCAAGCCCAAAGCGCAGCGGCCCGCGAACAACGCCGAGUCGUCGCAGCACUCGGUCCAGUCCGGCCGCAUUGAAAAGUCAACGCCCUCGAGGAGGAACCGCAACGGCGGCAGCAACCCGGCACCGGCCAAAACGCCCGCGAGGCAAGAGCCUGAACCGCAGACGCCAAGGUCGAUGGAAGCGCCCGAGGACAGCCAGCGGCUCUCGCAGGACCCCUUCGAAAAGGCAUUCCAGCAUAGCUUUGAUGACGCUCUGCAGCGAUCAUUCUUCUUCGACGACUUUGACGAUGCCGUCUGA